AUGGAGCAUGAGAAUAGAACUGCUUUAAAGGAAUUUAUCCUGGCUGGGUUAACAGACAAUCCUCAACUGAACACUGCAUUAUUUUUUUUAUUUUUGGUUGUUUAUUCUUUGACCUUAUCUGAAAACGCAGUGCUUAUAGCAGUCAUCAGCAGCAAUACGCAACUCUAUUCUCCAAUGUACAUUUUCUUGCGUCAGUUAUCAAUCAUUGACAUAUGUUAUUCAUCCUCCGUUACAAUCAGAAUGUUGGUUGACUUUGUAUCGGAGAAACGGUCCAUCUCAUUGAUUGGAUGCAGUCUGCAGAUGCUCUCCUAUGCUGGAUUUGGUGGCACUGAAUGUCUGCUUCUGGCUACCAUGUCAUAUGACAGAUAUGUGGCAAUAUGUCAUCCACUAACAUACUUGCAAAUUAUAAACAGGCAAACAAUUACAGCGAUGGUUCUGGUCUCAUAUCUUGGUGGCUUUAUCGAUGGCUUUGUCCAGACUGGAUUCUCUUUCUUCCACCUAAAAUUCUGUGGACCUCAACAAUACAUUCGCAGUUUCUUCUGUGAUGUGAUAGCAUUGAUCGAGAUUUCUUGCGGUAAUACUAGCUUGAAUGAAGUGAUCCUUUUCUCCUUAGUUGGUUUUAUUGAACUUAUGUCUUUAGUUGUUAUCUUGCUCUCCUACUUGUACAUCAUUGUUGCUGUUCUUAAGAUCCAUUCCUCUGAGGGACGUAAGAAAGCAUUCUCUACCUGUGCAUCUCAUCUGGUGGUGGUGUUGUUAUUUUAUGGAACUAUAAUUUUUAUGUACCUGAGGCCUUCUUCUGCUUAUAGUCCAGAACAAGACAAAGUGGUGGCUCUGUUUUACACAGUGAUCAUUCCUUUCCUUAACCCUUUAAUAUAUAGCUUAAGGAAUCGGGAAGUCAUUCAAUCGACAAGAAAACUAAUUCAUUUGUGGCAUGUAAACACAAAAUUGCAAUGUCAGUGA